AUGGCCGACGUUAAGCAGGGCGAAGAAAAGCUGUCGAAGAAUGAGCUGAAGCGCCGGUUAAAGGCUGAAGCGAAGGAAAAGGAAAAGCAGGAGAAAGCGAAGGCGGAACCAAGCGCCAAUAAGGCCGAUCCAAACCAGCAAAAGACGGCUGCCGCCGGUUCAGCGAGGGAAAACCUGGAAGAGAUCUCCCCGAACGAGUACUUCAAGCUACGCAGUACGGCUGUGGCCGAGCUUAAGAAAAGUCCCGAAACCCAUCCGUACCCGCACAAGUUCAACGUCACGUGCUCGUUGAGCGAGUUUAUCGAACGGUACAACGGUCUGCAGGAUGGUGAAACGCUGGACAACGUGACGUUAAGCGUGGCCGGCCGGGUGCACGCAAUCCGGGAGUCUGGCGUAAAGCUGAUUUUCUUCGAUCUGCGCGGCGAAGGCUUGAAGCUGCAGGUGAUGGCAAACGCCAAGGCGUACGAAAGUGAGGAGCUGUUCUUCGAGGAAACGGGACGGUUGCGGCGCGGCGAUAUUAUCGGUGUGACCGGUGUGCCGGGCAAAACCAAGAAGGGUGAACUGUCCGCGAUGGCACGAAGAAUAAAGUUGCUCUCGCCCUGUCUGCACAUGCUGCCCCAUCUACACUACGGGCUGAAGGAUAAGGAGACACGCUUCCGACAGCGAUAUCUAGAUUUGAUGCUGAACAACAACGUGCGCAACAUUUUCAUAACACGUGCACUGAUCAUCAGCUACGUGAGACGUUUCUUCGACAAUUUGGGCUUCUUGGAGGUGGAAACGCCAAUGAUGAAUAUGAUAGCGGGCGGUGCAACGGCCAAACCAUUCGUUACACACCACAACGACUUAAACAUGGAUCUGUUUUUGCGCAUUGCACCGGAACUGUAUCUGAAGAUGCUGACCGUUGGAGGGCUGGACCGGGUGUACGAGAUUGGGCGCCAGUUCCGCAACGAAGGUAUCGAUCUGACGCACAAUCCGGAGUUUACGACGUGCGAAUUCUAUAUGGCGUACGCGGACUAUAACGACAUCAUAGACAUUACGCAGAAACUGCUAUCGGGCAUGGUGCACGCCAUCCACGGAUCGUACAAGAUCAAGUACCAUCCGGAUGGGCCGGACGGCCAAGAGUACGAGAUCGAUUUUACGCCCCCAUUCAAGCGCAUCUCCAUGAUCAGCUCGCUGGAGGAGAUACUGAAGGUACGUUUUCCGGCGGCGGACCAGCUGCACACCCCCGAGGCGGUCCAGUUUCUCGAUGCGCUCUGCGUGAAGCACGAGGUAGAGUGUAAGCCACCCCGUACGGCUGCCCGACUGCUCGACAAGCUCGUGGGCGAAUUUCUCGAGGAGACUUGUAUCAACCCGACGUUCAUCUGUGACCAUCCGCAAAUUAUGAGCCCGCUCGCCAAGUACCAUCGCACCCUGACCGGGCUGACCGAGCGGUUCGAGCUGUUCGUAAUGCGCAAGGAGGUGUGCAACGCGUACACCGAGCUGAACGAUCCGGCCGUACAGCGGGAGCGGUUCGAGCAGCAGGCCGCCGACAAGGCGGCCGGCGAUGAUGAGGCACAGCUGGUGGAUGAAAAUUUCUGUACCGCGCUCGAGUAUGGAUUGCCGCCGACCGGUGGUUGGGGUAUGGGCAUCGACCGUUUGACCAUGUUCCUCACCAACACGAAUAACAUCAAGGAGGUGCUGCUGUUCCCGGCCAUGAAGCCGGAUGAUCCGAAUCGAAGGCAUCCAGCCGCGGCACCCAACGGCGAGGAUAACGCGACAGAUGCGUAG